CUUUGUUUCCCGUGUUUCUUCCUUUCUUGUUCUCUGAAGCAGCCGACGGUGCUCUGUUCUUCCUCCUUCUUGCCCACCUUCUUCCAAAGCAGAUCGGAAACAUAAAAGCCUCUCAGUCACCGGCCUUCUUUCUCCCUAACUACUUCCAAGCAAAAAACCCAUUUCCCCUGUCUUCCUUUCUUUCUUUGUCUCUGAAGCAGCCGACCUCCCGUCUUGCUCACCUUCUUCCAAAGCAGAUCGGAAAUACCAAAGCAUCUCAGUCACCAGCCGUCUUUCUCCUUAACUACUUCAAAGCAGAAAAGCCCAUUUCCCCUCACCGGAAAAUCCCCACCAAAAUCCCAUUUCUCCUCCUUCUGUGAGUGUCCUUCCUUUUCUCUGAUUUUUUUUCCUUUUUUGGUGUUUCUUCUACCAAUUUGGUGGUGAUGAAUGAUGAUGGUUGGUUGGUAGUAUCUGGGCGACGCGACGAAGCAAGGCAUGGGUCGGUGAAGCCAAACAAAGCAGCAAUACCAGAGGGGAGUGAAACGGAGGGUGUUCCGGCCACGGGACUUUGGAUUCUCGAAGCAUUAUGCCAUUCCAUUGUCUGCAAUUUCCAGCGAGAAACAGGACUCGGGUGGAAUCAUGAAAAAGGUACAAUUGAUGCUACUCCUCAACGAUGGGUUGAAUUGAAAGAGGAGAACAAAGAAUAUGGUAAAUUUGAGCAUCAUGGAUUAGAAAACACAGUGGAGUUGCAGCAAAUGUUUGACAAAAUAGUAGUCACUGGUGAAACUACGUGGACUCCAGCUGCUGGGUCUAUUCCUUCAGUACAACAGAAUGUGGGGUUUGAAGAUGCUAUUGAUUUGGAAGAAGGAAGUGGUGAUUCUGAUGAGGUGAAUGUCAUCCCAACACAAACUGGUGGAAGCAGUGAAAAAAGGAAGAAAAACACAAUUGGUCCUUCACUUACUGGCAAAUGGAAGAAAGUGAAAGUAAGGGGUGCAGCAUACAUGCAGAAACAAUUGAAUCGUCUUUGUGAUACAGUUGAAAGUUAUACCACAAUGACUUUGAGUGAUUCAUCAAAGAAAAAUUAUGAAACAUAUCCUGAUACCACUGAAGAAUGUAUGGAGAUGUUGUUAACUUUACCUAGAGUUGAAGAUGGUAAUGAGCUUUUUAUGUUAGCAAGAGUUGGAAAGGGACAAAAUAAGGUCAGAGAUGGAGAGGGAGAGAUUCGGUGGUAGAAGGUAUUAUUAGAAUGUUUGUAUUUGAGUUUUUAGUAUUAAGACAAUCGUAAUGCUUGUAUUUGAGAUACAAAACUAUUUUUUUUCUUUAUUUGUAUUUUCAUUGUAUGUGGACUAAUAUUAUGAAUUUAUGUCUUUUUCAUAAUGUUGUUGCUUAGAAAUUGGACUAGUGAUUUAUAGUUCAAAUAAGAAUUUUAUAUUAAU